AUGAAAAAGGAAGGGACAGGAUAUGGAGGAAGAAGAGUCAUUCGGGUACAUGAACGGCAAAGCUAUUCUUGGCUUUGGGGUUCUAUCUCCACAACAACGCCCAAUACUGGAAUGACCACGUACGGAGAUUCCGCGUUUGUGCCGUCGAAUGGCUUGGACCAGGAAGGGAGGAGGACAAAGCAACUGAAUGUUGAAGACGCUGGCUGUGUUAGUCGCAGUCAGCGAAUGGAGGCUGUGUUUCGAAUGGCUCGGACUAGGAAGAAUGAAGCGGAGCUAAUUGAAGAAAUAGUGAAUCGUGUCAUACAAAAGUUGGGCCCUAGUUAUCAAAGUGAAGAUUAUCUCGAAGGCUUGAUUGGAAUUCACAAAAGAAUGGCAGUUGUAGAAUCAUUGUUGGACAAAGGUUCAAACAAUAGUGGUUGCCAAUUCAUUGGAAUUUGGGGGAUGGGCGGUUUGGGCAAAACAACUCUUGCAAAAGCAUUGUUUAACAAAUUGCAUUUUACAUAUGAAGGGUCUUGCUUUUUGGCUAAUGUAAGGGAAGAAUCAAAGAGAUAUGGAAUAGAUGCUUUGAGGGAAAAAAUUGUUUGGAGGUUAUUAGGGGAUAAAGAAUCUCACAUUGGCAAUACAAUACAUCCUUAUACCAUCAGUAGGCUUGGUCGGAAAAAGGUUUUCAUUGUGCUUGAUGAUGUUGAUGAUGUUGAACAAUUAGAAAAUUUAGUUGGAAGACAUGAAUUUGGAUCAGGAAGUAAAAUCUUGAUAACAACCAGAGAUAGGCAAGUGCUUGCUGGUAUAAAAGUGGUCGAUGUAUAUGUGCUUGAUCGUUUGAAUCCUUUUGAAGCUUUUGAUCUAUUCUCCAUCAAUGCUUUUAGAAAUGACUAUGCUGACUUGAAGAUAAGAAAGCUAGCACAACAAGUGACUCAAUAUGCGGAUGGAAAUCCAUUGGCCCUAAAGGUUUUUGCCGCCUUGUUACGUGGCAAAAAUCAGGAGGGAAGUAUUGAAGGCUUGAUUAUCAACCGUUCAGAAGUUGAAGAGAUGUGGGUAAUUAAUAAAGCCUUUCGUUCAAUGCACAAUCUGAAGUUUCUUAGGUUUUAUGGAAAUUUCAAUAAUCUAAAUGCUUCUCGUAUGGAGCGUUUGCCAAGAAAGCUCAGGCUAUUGGAUUGGGUGGGAUGCCCUUUAGAGUCCUUGCCCACAACAUUCAAUGGUGAAAAUCUCGUUGAAAUAAAGAUGAGCAACAACAAUUUGACAAAACUUUGGGAUGGAGAGCAGAAUCUUGCGAAUUUAAGCAGAAUUGAUCUUCAUGGAUCAAAAGAUUUGAUUAAGCUCCCAAAUUUUUCCAAAGCCAUACAUCUUGCAGAAGUUCAUCUUCAGGGUUGUUUAAAAUUGCAAAAUGUUCAUCCAUCUAUUUUAUCUCUCCAUAGCCUUUGUCGUUUAUUGCUAAAUGACUGCAAAGCCCUUACCAGCCUUACGAGCAAGACCCAUCUCAAAUCACUGAGUGAAUUGGACUUGACAGGAUGCUCAGGACUACGUGAAUUUUCAGUGACCUCAGAAAAUAAUCGGUUUCAAUUGAUGCUUUGCAGAACAGCCAUCAAUGGUGAGUUGUGCUCAUCAAGCGGUUGUCUUAGCAAAAUUGACUUUUUGGACCUCGAAAGUUGCGGAGGUGUGACAAGUCUUCACAAAUUGUUUGCGAUGCACACCCUUCGACGCCUUCAUGCUGGUUAUUGUAAUAAGCUAGCAUCAAAUCUACGUUCCAUAUUUGAUGAGGUGCCGCGUGCUUUGGGAUCUCUAUGGCUGGAUAAUUGUAGUAAAUUAUAUGAAGUGCCUGACAACAUCAGCUUCUUGUUGUCAUUACAUGAGUUGCGUCUCUCAAGGAGCAAUAUAGAGACCUUGCCUUUAAGCAUCAAGCAUCUUUCAAGCCUGCGGACUCUUUACUUAGAUGGAUGCGAAAGGCUUCGGUCUUUACCACAACUCCCUCCCUCUAUCCGUACACUGAGCGCCAAUGAAUGCCUAUCCCUUGAGACCUUACAUUCACCUUUAAUGAGUGAAGGUAGAGAAGGAAAACAAUAUUAUGAAUACUUCAAUUUCAUAAAUUGUAUGAAGUUGGAUGGGCAGUCAAUCAAAGCUGUUGAGGCCGUAGUGCUACUUGACAUGAAUGAUAACCAAGCUGACAGAGCUAGUAUGGAAUAUCCGGGAAAAAGUGUUGCAGAAUGGUUCAUGUAUAGGACUACACAGUCUUUGGUGACUGUGGAUCUCAGUUCGAUUCCACAACCUUGGGAUGGCGUUUUCAUUUUCUGCGCCGUCAUUCCUGCAGGAACACCACGGUCGAGUUUCAUUGAAGCCAAAUUGUUUAUUGAUGGUCAUCAAUGUGCUUCCGUGUUUGAAGGAUCGUAUUUGACUGAUGGGUCCAUGUUGUCUGAUCAUGUUUUUCUUUGGUACAAUAGAAAGUCAUGUGAAGAAGUACUAAGGAAAAUUGAAGAAAAGAAAAGAGAAGCUCAAAGCAACACUUAUCAUCCAUUGCUUCAAAUUCAAUUCGCACCUCGUGAUGAUGAAAAACCAGUAGAGAUCAAAGAGUGUGGGGUGUGCCCGACAUCUGCAGUUGAAUAUCAAAAUUACAUCAGACGAAUUCAAUUGGCAUUAUUGCAUCCACAUCGUAGCUCUAAUGCAACGCAAUCGGCCUCUCGAAAGCGCAAAUAUCACAGCUCACUUCCAUGA